AUGUCAGGAGAGGAGACUAUUCUGGCUAGGCGGGCUAGGCUCUCCCAGGUCCCGCGAGCGGUACGUACUGCUCAGACAAAGCCCUCUUAUCCCAUUAUGGCCAAGACACUGACAAUGCAAAAGUCCCGUUUGCUCUCUGUUCAUUUACAAUUACUCAUAUCUCCCAAAAGAGAAGAAUAUGUGGCUGCUCUUGAAGCUAGACUGGCCAAGGUUGAGUUGCGUCUAGACAAACAACCUGAACAGCCAUUGACUUCCACGCCUGCUUCAACAUCCGCGCCCACGGGCCCGAAAGAGGCCUCUUCCGUUUCUCCAGCUGGUUCUUCUGAGCCCAGUGUCUACGAUGUAGCACCGUCUCCCGGUGGUGCCUUGUACGAGGGAACAUCGUCAUUUCUUCAGCAAUCUGUCCAGGCUAGCCAAGAGGUUCAGCGCUCUGCAGCUGCAGAGAGUCCUGAAGCAGCACAGACCAUCAGCGAAUCAUUCAACCAGUUGAACUCUAUCUUUAAAAGUCAGAAUGAUAAGAAGUUGCCAUUCGCGGCCUCGACUCGAUCCAUGCCAGAAAUUACACCUCUACCAGCUUCGGUUGUCCUUACUAUUCUACGCAAGAUCAAAGGCACUAAUCCGACCAGAUUCUUUCCUGGCCAAGCGCUCACUGACGUGCGUCUCAUUGAGCAUCUAUGUCAAAAGGUCUACUUCCCAACGGAACCAGUAACCCUUGGACAUAUUACAAGCGUCAAUGGCAUCAUGCGGUUACUCCUCCGCGAGUUUAUCAUCACAAAGGAUAGUCUUGCUGAAGAGCAUAACCUGGAGGAACUGAAAGCGCAGGCUGAGCGAAACUUUGACCGAGGUCUGCAAACCUUUGAGCUUAUGACGGUGCCCAGUUUUGAGAAUAUCCUGGCUAUCACAGCCGCGGUUCUCAAGAUUCAAAACGAAGCCGCUCCUGUUCUGGCUCGUUCAUUAGUCAACGCAGGCCUCAGUCACUGCCAGAUGAUGGGCUACCAUCGAGAGGUAACCUAUCAAAAAGACCAAAGUGGCUUCGCUGACAAUAAGCGUCGACUUUUCUGGACGCUUUAUGUCUUUGACAAGACAAACUCUCUUCAUUUCGGUAAUGCCUCAAGAGUCCAGGACUUCGAGGUUGACGCGCAUUAUCCUACAAUACCGGACGACCCAGCCGAGAAGCCCUGGACUGAACUGUUUCGACUGGCUGUUAGGCUAGCCAAGAUCCAAGGCUUGAUAUUUGAUAAGCUUUAUUCUGUUGCCGGCCUACAAUCCCCUGCUGUAGACCGCAGACAAUGGAUUGAUGCUUUGGUCGCCGACAUGCACCAAUGGCGAUAUGAAUUGGACCAUAUGGAUGGAAGUACAGUGCGCUUUGUUGAGAUUCUUAAGCUUUCAAUGACCCAUUGGGACAUCAUGUAUUACUCAACUCUAACCAUUCUGUUACGAGCUCCAGCAAUGCCAGGAGUAGGUACAGACAUGACAUCCCAGUGCUUUCAAGCAGCAAGGCUCUCUCUACAAAGCCAUCUUCGCGCAUUCUCAGGCUACGGUGGCGACAAGAUGCUCUCGAAAGCAGAUUACAUCGACUGUCUUGAAGACGUAGAGCUUCUUGAGCAAGUAGUCACCACGUUCCGGAGCGCCCGAGAUAUGAACAUUGGAGCUGAGAAGCUCUAUCAAAUCUGUUCUACCUUCGCACGGCUUGCCCGUCGAAUGGUCGAAUCUCGAAACACGUCGGUGGGCAUGUACGAUCAGAAUAAUGAUACACUCCAGGUGGCUGGUGUGUCCGAAAAUGUCCCCUUGACUUGGACGGAUGUGGCUGGUCAGCCUUCGGAGCAACAGACUGGAAGUGAUGGCUUUGCGGACUUUCUCACUGAUGACAUGACCAACAUAUUGGCUGAUUGGAUCAACGGACAGCCCCCUGCAUCUGAUAUGUUUGCUAUGGAUUUUGGGGACAUAAUGUCACUGAAAUCAUUCCCCAAUCUACGACUAAUCUUGAUACACAGUGUUUUGAUUGACCAAGGCUGCGUCACCGCGGCCAAUGAUCUUCGAUUUGCAAAGGGAUCGAGUAAGAUCAAGUUCGUUAUCUUCAAGAUCACCGACGACGAGCAGCGCGUUGUUGUUGAAGAGACGUCUCCUGAUAAUGAAUAUGAGACUUUCCGCCAGAAGCUUCUCUCGGCGGUUGACAAGUCUGGAAAAUCGGCUCCGCGCUAUGCUCUCUACGAUGUCGAUUACGACCUUGGGGAAGAUGGGAAAAGGGCUCUUCGCAUGCUCUACGCCAGUACAAUGGAAUAUUUGAAGAAGGCAGUCAAUAUGAGUGUUUUUAUUCAUGCUGAUGAUCAAGAGGACAUUGAGUGGGAGGAGUUGGGUACCGAUAACACCUUUCAUGAAUUUCCUUAUGACCUCAAAAAAGCAGUCGCCAGAGAACUCCCAGACGACAAGAUCGAAUCCAUCGUAUAUCCCAAGUAUGAGACUACUGGUGAAUUGGCUCAGGCCGCAGAAGGUUUUCUAGAGUGGCUCAAGGAGCAGGUCAUGGAGAUCCGAAAGAGGAAGUCGGAAAAGCCAUGGCCUCCUCAUGACAGAGAUGUAGGAGUUGUUCUCGUUGCUCACUCGAUGGGGGGCUUCGUCGCAGCAGAUACUCUGUUCCUAGCCAUCAACGACAGAGCUAACAAUGGAGACGAGAACGAUCCCUUGUUUCCACUCAUCCAAGGUAUCCUCACAUUCGACACUCCUUACAAUGGUCUCGCCCGCUCCAUGUUCGUCUAUGGCGCUUUCUCCAAUUAUCAAAAAGUCAACAGCGUCUUCAAUGUCAUGACAGCGAUCUCUGCAGCUGCACCUGCUAGUCUUGCAAGACUUAGCGCUCGACGUGCUGCGACCACUGCCGUUACCAGCAGUACACGGGGACCUCAGUGGAAGACAUGGCAGCUUGUAGCUGUCAAAACGGGUACUGUAGGCGCCAUCGCAGCUGGUGGUGUGGCAGCGUACAUGAACCGAGAGGCCAUCAUUCAGGGGAUGAAGAGCAUGAAGAACAUAAACAAAGAGUCUGUUGCCGAAAGCUACCGUCAGGGAAUGGAUGCUCUCGGACAAGGUCUGGCUUAUAUCAACCGCGGAAAUGUCGGAAAGUCUUUCGCCUGGCUCUCAGAUCAUGUCACAUUUGUUGGUGCACUCCUCCGACAAAAAGAGCUGAACCGUCGACUUGAACGCAUCGGCUCGCUCAAAGGUGUUGGAAUGCACGACUUUUACUGUUCUCUUGGUGAGAAUGGCUACUGGAGUGGAGGAUACUUUGUCCCUGAGCGGACAUUCUGUGCUGUUCCUGAGGAGAGCCACUCAGCUUACCCAAUCUUCGAAAGAUGCGUCAUGCCUAAGGCUGAAGAUGAGAUUGAAGCGCACCUCAACAUGUUCAGGCCUGAGAGACAUCGAGGCUACGAGGAGAUGACGGACAAGUCGGCCGAGCUCAUCAAAGAGUGGUUCCAGAGCGAAGAGAACGUUUUCGACGAUCCGAAAUUCCGCGAGACACCUCCUGAAGAAACAGAAGAGACAGAGACUACCAAGGAGAUUCUUGAGAAGGAUCCUGGCCAAACUGAAGGAGACGAGAAGGCUGAGGGCGCGAAUGGCAAAGAUGGCGACAAUGACACGGGACUCCCAGACGAAUCACCGCUGGACAUCGCCAACGCCGCCUCACUCGUACCCCUCCCUGACGACAAGGGUGAAGGCAUCGUGGGCGAUGCAGAUAUCGAGGGCGCUGACACGGUUGAGAAGCGAACCUACCUCAACUAUCUCUUCGGCGUGGCUCAGCAAACCGGCGCCGACGCCAAGGGUUGGCUGCCAAACAAGAUUCCGCAGAUGCCAAACCUUCCCAGCAUGCCCAACAUGCCAAGUAUGCCCAAGGUGCCUAGCUCCGUGUCAUCACUGGGCAAUGUUUCCAUGCCCAGCAUGAGAAUCUGGGGAAAGAAGGAUGGUGAAGCUCAGGAAGAAAGUGACCAAGGUGGCAAGAAUGAUGCCACAGAGGAAAAUGCCACUGUGCCUCAAGACGGGGGCAACGAUGGUCCCCAGGAAACCAUUAGGGACAACGCCGAGGUUGUUCAAAAGGUCAAUGAGGACGCUGAGAAGAAAUCAGAUUAG